GCGACGCGCUCGGUCACUGGACUUGAUUUGACUUCUGAUCGCAACCUUCCAGAUCCAACCUCAAACUUGUCUCUUUCCUCAUCAGCCCAGACCAACCCAACACUCUGCAUUGUACUCCGUGUCUACCAACUUUACACCAAAUCACGAAUUUUGACCUUGCGAUCACUACAAACUCAUCAGCCUCAUUGCGCCUCAAAGUCAUCGACGCUUGCCCUUGCGCGUCAGCCAGAAGUAGAACUGCCAAGCAACCACCAUCUUCACAAUCUUUAUCGAGCAUUAUCGAUAACAUCCCGCGCCCUUCUCCCUAUCGAUUACUUACCUUACCCUACCUUACCUUGCUUCAGCCCUGUAUCGUUUUGCAGGCAAUUGUCACUAUGGAGGAGGACGGGGCGCAACUCCUGCAGCAGACAGGACUUGAUCCUAUUUCUCGACCAGACUCGACUUCGACGUCUGCAUCAGCCUCAUUACCACACGUAUUACCAGGCAUUUCAGCUCUUGCUGCUGCCAACGCGGCUACAGAAGCGACAUCUCAACUAAGAGCAUCGGCCGCUCCGUCGCCCGCAAUGUAUGCCACUGCAUCUCCUGCCGCUACGAGUGGGGGAUCGGGAAGUACAAUGCCUACCUGCCAAAAUUGUAGCACCUCUACAACCCCAUUAUGGCGUCGCGACGAAUUUGGCUCGGUUUUGUGCAAUGCCUGUGGCUUGUUCCUCAAGCUGCAUGGUAGACCCCGGCCAAUUUCGCUCAAGACAGACGUUAUCAAGAGCCGCAAUCGAGUCAAGACAAUGCGCCCUGAUUUGGCGAAUAAGAAAAAGCAACAACAACAGCAGCAGCAAGCAGCUGCGCAAGGCUUCCCUACGACCGAUGCAAAUGGAUUCGACACGACCGGACAGGCUGCUGCUGCCGCCGCACACGCUGCUCAAGCCGCGCGACGAGCGUCCCAGAGAUCGAACGGCCACGACGGAGCCGACUCACCAAUCUCCCGCACUGGUACCCCCUCUAUGUACGCGCAUGGCCUGUCCCAGUUCAUGGUCGACGACCCUUACCAGACCGGCUUUGUAGCGACAGGUGAAGGUCGCGCGUCAUCUCCCACGAACGGGGAUCGCAAAAUGGACGCGCCACAGACGCAUGAGCAGCUCAUUGCGCACAACUCAAGCCUGAAGACGCGGGUCAGCGAACUCGAAGUGAUCAUUGAGCUUUUCCGAGGCCGCCUUAGCCAACUCGAGCAACAAGAAGCUGUCGUUAGAAGCGGACAGCAGUUGAACCAGUUGCGCUCUCAACUGGAGCAAACACAGGAGAGCGAGGCUCAGCUACGCCGCCAGCUCGAGGAUAGCCACCGGCGAGAGAGUAGCCUCAAGCGGCGUCUAGAUGACCUUGAACUUGAGCUUCAAGCCUUUCAGGGAGCCAACUUGGCCCCUGGAGAGAGACCCUCCAAGAGACCUCGUACCAUCGAAGAGCCCACAAAGACACAAGCAGAAGCAGAUAUCGAGGCAGCAGCUGAAGCAUUGCUGGCUUCGGAAGCCUCUAGACCGAGCGAGGCCGUCGAAUCUGCCCCUGUCGUGGAUGCUCCUGAGCCAACUGAGUUGCCGCAACAUUCUGAAGACUCAAAAGAAGAUUCUGUACCCAAGACUGAGGAUGAGAUCGAGGCUGCUGAUGUGCCAAUUGAUCCUAACAUGCCCGUAAUUGAUGAUGUUACUCAACCUGCGGCCGCAGAAGAAACAACGAAAACGGAGGAUGUUGAGAUACCUGACGCACCCGACGCACCUGAUGCAUCUGAAGCACCUAGCGCGCCGCCUGAAGCAGCUGAAGCAGCUGAAGCAGCUGAAGCAACUGGAGCAACUGAGGCAGCUGAUGCCUCUGCCACCGCUGACGCCUCCCCUGAGGCUACUGAAGGGACAGAAACUCCUGCGCCCGCUGCUGCAGCUACAUGAGAAGAGUGAUGUUGUAAAUGUCUCCGACUAGUAACGAAAUGAACUUGAUAUCCGCGCCAGUCUAAACGACUGACGUUUCAUUCGUCAUUGAUCCAACGCUACUGUCAGAUUCAUUGCUCGGUGUCUUGGCACCAAUCACGAAUCAUCUUGAUUUAUACCUCCCCGCGCGAGGCGUUUGUCGCCCUCGCCUUUUUUGUUCAUGAUAUACCUCCUAGCGGCAAGGGCAGCGAGGAUUCUAGGCGUUUUGGCCUGUUUGUUUCGAAGUAUAAGAGAUGAUUUAGGAGCAUACAAAUGUUUUAAUGGAACGAUGAAUGCGAAUGCGAAACUCGGUAUACGGAGACACGGUACGAGGAUUCAGUCAGUCUUGGUUGGGAGUGUGGGACUUUUCGGAGUGCGAGAGGAGAUGGAGAAUAUGGUAGUUAUCAAAAAGUUUAGCUGCUCUUGCAAUGUGAAAUAGACCCUGACUUUGAGUCAUCACUUAUCUGAUAUGAUAUCGAUAGCAUACAAUGA